AAAAAUAAUUAAAAUGAAAUACCCCAGACCCCUGUAUAAACAUUUGUUUUAGAUGAAAUAUGUGGUUGAAGGAGAUGUUGUAUCAACGGAGAUGUACCAGGUUACAAGGUGGGAGUUGACUGAUGAGGGCAAGGAUGUAGUUGCUGAGGGAAGUUAUGAAUCCAGAGUGUACAGCUUGGUUCCCCAAGAUGGGGGAAUAGAGCAGGGGAAACUAAUGGCCAGUUGUGGAACCUGGGGGAAAAUUGGGUUCAGCAAAGCAAUGUCUAACGGUUGGAUUCUCAUCGAUAAAUCUCAGGGUGCCCCUGUUGUGAAGAGAAAGAUUGAUUCUUUAACUGACCACCUGCAGUCCCACCUGGUUAAGAUCAAGGACGGGGAGGGGGACAAGGUAGAAAACAAGCUCAAGCUGGAGUACAGGAAGAGGAAACUGGUCGAGGAAGUCACCGAGAAGCAUUACAUUCUCAGAAAGGGUUCAAACUUCUCCACCAAGAUAGAGAAGGCUGCGACGGAGUUAACCCCUGAAAUGAUCAGCUCCGGGUCCUGGAAGACUACGGCUCUGAAGCCGUACAACCUUGACUCAUUGGGACAGGAUACUGGAGCAGGUUGCCUCCAUCCGCUACUCAAGGUUAGAGCUGAGUACAGGCAGAUCUUCCUGGAGAUGGGGUUCUCGGAGAUGCCGGCGAACAACUUUGUGGAGAGUAGCUUCUGGAACUUUGAUGCUCUUUUCCAGCCGCAGCAGCAUCCGGCCAGAGAUGCUCAUGAUACAUUCUUUAUAUCAGAUCCGGCAACUUCAGACAGGUUCCCUAAGGAUUAUAUGGAGAGGGUGAAAAGGGUUCAUAGCACAGGAGGAUUCGGAUCUCAGGGCUACGGAUAUGAUUGGAAUAUAAAGGAAGCCAGUAAAAACCUACUAAGAACUCAUACAACGGCAGUGAGCGCUAGGAUGCUUUAUCGUGUCGCGNGCAUAGCUAGCCCUUACGAUAACCAUUUCGGCGCAAAAGUCCGUUUGCAGCCCGAGACAGACAAGUCCCGGGCCCUAGGAGAGCGGGGUUGA